UCAGCUCUCACGUAAUUUUGUGUAAAAGUGAUCAUGUGCGAGCAAUCUGAGAGAAACUUGUUGGAUCCCCUGGUGAACAGAAUAGUGGCGAAUCUUGGCAAAGAUUUCGACGACGUGCGCUACGAGGUGUCCGUGCCAGAAAACUCGUUCUUCAUCUCGAACCUCUACUUCCUCAACAUCAACUCGAAUGCCAAGGACACGGACAAGAGGGGGACGGUGAACGUGGUUCUGAAGAAACCGCCCGUUAUGCCCAGUGUGCGAGACGUAAUGAGAACGAACGAGCAAUUCCACAACGAGAUACUGUUCUACCAGAGGUACGCGAAACAUCACGAAGAAUUUCCUCGAUGCGUGCUCGCCGAGGACAAACCGCCCUCCGAUUCGGCGAUCGUUCUCGAGAACGUGAUCCUCCAACGUGGAUACGAUGUCUCGAAAUGGAAACACGACAUACCUGUGGAGUACACGAUGGCCGCGUUUCGAGAGAUCGCCAGGUUCCACGGGAAAGCGUACGCGGCGAAGGAGCAGCGAGGCGAAGAAUUCUUCGAUUUCGUGAACGAUCUCCAAGAGGUCAGGUAUUAUCCCGGCUCGAUCUUGAAAGUGGUGUACGACGAGACGGCGAGCAGAUCGGUGGGGUAUCUUCGAGAGAGGGGCUACGAUCGAGGAUUCUGUGACAAGCUCGAGGACAAAUUGAGGAGCACGUACGACGAUCUGAUUAUGAAGUACGUCCAGCCCGAGGAGCCUCUCGCCACGCUUUGCCACGGUGACUUCACCGUGAACAAUACGUUGUUCAAGAAGGAGAAGAACGGUGAAAUUAAAUGUAUGUUCAUCGAUUUCGCGUUGACGAGGUACGGAUCGCCUGUUCUCGAUUUGUCCACGUUCCUCUGCCUUCAUUGUGCGAAGCAGAUCGACAAGAGCAUGCUCGAAAAGGUUUUAAGGGAGUAUCACGAUUCCCUGACUCGUUGCCUCGAGGAAAAUGGUGUGGAUUGUGAGAAAUAUCCGUACGAGGUUUUGCGCGAGGAUUACAAGAGGAAGGGUCUGUUUGGAUUCUUCAUCGCCACGUUUUUCUUGCCUACAGUGAUGGGUCACAGUGACGGUGGCCCGGAAAAACUGUUCAAAAUGGACUUAAAGGAUUGGGGGCCGGUGUUGCGCGAACAAGGUGGCGACGAAUGCUCGGAAAUUAUGGCGAAUAUGUUGCUGGGAUUGAAAGAAUUUGGUUGUUUGGACGAUCUGCUUGGCGACGAUUGAUUUUUAACGCUCGUUCGUUGAUUCUUUUUCUUGAUAAUAUUCUUUUCUUUAAAUCGUUUUUCUUUAAAGUAUUUUAUACACUGUCUUUCCUUCUCGAGUUCAAUAUUUUCCAAGUAUUUUAAAUAUUAGCGGCAAUACGUAAGAAAUGAAAAUGUAAAAUUUUAAAAUGGUAAUAUAACGAAAAGAGAAACGUGGAAAUAAACCAAAGAAGUAAGAAUGAAUAAACAAAUUCUUGUACGUUGUUUGACUGUGUUGUCGUUUCGUCAUCUUUCUAAAAUAUAUCUCUACAACCUAAUUCAAAACAAUUAACGUAUUAAUUACAUACAUAGAAACAUCAGUGUCUGGUAAUUAUCGUUUUUAUUACGUAGUAUGAUGUGUUCUUUAUCUCUCAUCGAAAACAAAGAAAAUUAUUUUCAUUUACGCGCAAAAGAUAUUUAUCAAA